UGCCCCUGCGCUUCUUUGUGGUGAACCCCGUGGAGUGAACGGCCUGGUUAGCGAAACGCGUCUUCACAACACGGAUUUGUUUCUUUAAAAUGUCUACAACGGCGCUCGGAAACACGGCACAAUUGGUUUAAUUGCUGCAGGAAUAAACAAAACCUUGGAUAUUGUAUUUCCUCUUCGUGUUUUGUUUUUAUUGAAUAUUUAGAGCGUUUCCCUAUAACGCUAGCUGCUAGCCGCUAGCCGCAGUGCUGUAGGCCUUUGUUUUCUUUAUAUUUUUUUUGGAUUUCACAUCGGAGAGCUUCUGGAGAAAAUAAAUCUCGGGUGAUUUUUGAUCGGGACUGCGUUUUUUCCCCCUCCAUCACUUGGACUACAUUUGGGAAUCUGUGCAUUUGUAAAGUCGUUGUUGAAAGUGGACGCUGCGUGUUUACGCCGUGAACCUGCUCAGGCUUUCACACGGACGCUUUAAUGAACACUGACCUCCCCAACAACGGACGCUUAUUUCACCUUGUAAUAUAUUUAACUCCGGACUGUUUGUAGUGUUUGGUAAUCAUUGACCGUCUCUGGAUCCACCAUGACAUCCUGCGAGUUUUCUUUAGCUGCUAAUUCCGCUGCUGUUGUUGGGCUAUGGGCUUAAUGGGGUUUGUUGGCCUUGGCAUAGAGAGGAAAGGGAGCAUUAGCUCAUUGUGUUUAUAGUAAAUAAACCUGUGAUCUGACAGGAAAGCGUGUGUGUAAAAAUGUCUUGUGUUCAUUACAAGUUUUCCUCUAAACUUAACUACGACACGGUGACUUUCGACGGGCUGCACAUCACCGUGAGCGAGCUGAAGCGACAGAUUAUGGGGAGGGAGAAGCUGAAAGCUGCUGACUGCGACCUCCAGAUCACCAACGCCCAGACUAAAGAAGAAUACACAGAUGAUGGCGCUCUAAUCCCCAAAAACUCGUCUGUCAUCAUCAGACGAAUACCAAUCGGUGGUGUAAAGGCAGCCAGCAAAACAUUUCUCAUUGAUCGCUCUGAACCAUCAGUUGGAUCUUCAAAAGCCAUUGAUGAUUCUCCCUCCAUUUCUCUGGCCCAGCUCUCUAAGACGGCGAAUCUGGCAGAGGCAAAUGCCUCAGAGGAAGACAAAAUCAAAGCAAUGAUGUCGCAGUCCAAUCAUGAUUACGACCCCAUUCAUUAUACAAAGAAGCUGGUGGGGCCGCCUCCUCCAAAUUACACCUGCUUUCGCUGUGGGAAAAGUGGACACUACAUCAGAAACUGCCCAACCAACGGGCAGGAUAAAAGUUUUGAGGCUCCACAGCGGAUUAAAAAGAGCACAGGGAUUCCUCGCAGCUUCAUGAUGGAAGUGGAUGAUCCAAAUAUUAAAGGUGCCAUGCUGACCAACACGGGCACUUACGCCAUUCCCACCAUUGACGCUGAAGCUUAUGCAAUUGGAAAAAAGGAGAAGCCACCUUUCGUUCCUCAGGAACAGUCUUCCUCAUCUGAUGAUGAAGAUCCCGUUCCAGAUGAGCUGCUCUGUCUGAUCUGUAAAGACCUCAUGACUGAUGCCGUUGUGAUUCCCUGCUGUGGAAACAGUUACUGUGAUGAAUGUAUUCGAACGAGUUUGUUGGAGUCAGAGGAACACGUUUGUCCCACCUGCAACCAGUCUGAAGUUUCACCUGACGCUUUAAUUGCCAACAAAUUCCUACGUCAAGCUGUGAACAACUUCAGGAAUGAAACAGGCUACACCAAGAGAAUUCGCAAAGCUGCUACUCAGAGUUCUGUCCCUGCCCCCCAGCCUCAGCCCCGAAUUCAACGCCCUGCUCAGCCCCUCAAACUUCUAAAUUCCCGCCAACAGGAUCCACUACGCGCCAACACACCGCCCCAAAACCCACCUGCUUCUGUAGCCCCGCCCCCUGCCAUUACACCACCCACUGCUGUCACUCAGCAGGCCUCAGCGACACCACCCGAGGUUGAUGCUUCAUCUGUGGCCGGGAACAGUAGUGGCCCUCUUCCAGUGGCUCUUUCUCCUCCACCGCAGCUUAAGCAAGAUGAUGCUGUCAUAUCCAAAGAGCCAGAAACACAGCCAGCACCCGUGGUUUUACCUGACAGUCUGCUACCUACUCCAGUUAUUCCAAAAAGUCACCAUGUUCCAGUGAUCAGCCAGCCACAUGUGCACACACUUCCUCUCCCCAUUCCCAGACCAGGACCAUUGCCACUGAGGCCUGGUGCCCCAAGACUACCAGCAAUACGGCCUCCUUGGGAUCCGUCCUCAGGCCGAGGCCGGCCCCUCCCUAAUGAUCGGCACCCUAGGGCACUGGUUCCUCCAGUCCAACCUCUUCCUGUUGCUCCAACCCUUUACACACCCUCUCUUUUCCCUCCCCCACAACAUACUAUGCCCCAUCCAUCUGGUGUUGUGCCCCCACAGUUCCCAUUACAGUUCCCUCCUGGGCAACAACCUGCCCCCCCUUUCAACAUACCUCCUCCAGGUUACCCUCCUGCCCCAACAAAUGUACCCAACCCCUGGGUACCGCCUGGUACUCAGCCCCCGCUCACAACCCCCGCAGUACCCCCAAUACCAUCAGCACACUUUCUAUCGAAGGAGGAGUUUUACAGACAGCAGCGUCGGCUGAAGGAAGAGGAGAAGUCAAAACUUGAGGAGUUUACCAAUGACUUUGCCAAAGAGUUGUUGGAGUACAGAAAGAUCCAGAAGGAGAGAAGACGGUCCUAUUCCAGGUCAAAGUCUCCAUAUCGCUCCUCCUACAGUGGCUCAUCCUACUCUUACUCAAAGUCCAGAUCCCGUUCUCGAUCUCCACGUUCCUAUUCACGCUCCGUUUCCCGGUCUCGCUCUAGAUCUCGCUCCCGAUCUCGUUCCCGAUCACGUUCUCGUUCCUACUCUCCAUACGCUCGAAGGGGCAGAGGUCGUAGCCGCAGUUAUCGUUCUAGAUCCCGUUCACCACCAUACCAUCGGUCUCGAACUCGCUCUCCUUCCUAUAGAGGGCGUGAUGGAGGAGGAGCGAGUGGAGGCACCUAUCGUUCUCGUUCUCGGUCACCAAUUUAUAGGACUUACAGUCCUGGUAAGAAACCACAGCCAGCUUCUCAGGUUGAAGACCGCAAAUUCGGAGGAAGGUACAGAGAGGUUCCCCCAUAUGACGCCAAAGCUUACUAUGGCCGAGCGUUUGAUCAGAGCGACCCCUACGAAAGGGAAAGGUAUCGAGAGUGGGAGAGAGAGUACAGAGAGUGGUAUGAGAAGUAUUUCAAAAAUUACGAGGGGGCACAAGGUGGUCAGAUAAGGGGUCGUGGUCCAGGUGGACGAGAGCAAUAUUCUCCAGAGCGCUUCACACCUCACAGGCCCAGAGACGGCUCACCAUAUGGCAGGGGGCGCAGGGAGGACUAUCCACCACACCCUGUCCCGCCAAGAAAUCGCCCGUUGACAUAUCAGGAAAGGUGUGCAGAAAAGUACGGCCAUCUUCAUGUCAACAAUAUGGCAGUUGGAAGAGGAGUAAGCAAAGAGAGCCUGAAACCUACCAAAGAGCGCGAAGCAACUACAAGCACUGCUGUGGAUUCUAAGGGUCUGAAGCACAAGAAACAUAGGAAAAAAAGGAAAGGGGAGGAGGGAGAUGUGUUCAGUCAUUCUGAUUCAAUGGAUGAAUCCAAGAAAGAUGAACGGAAGGGAGACUCAAUGCUGAUGAACUCGAGUCGUGAUGAUGCCACACCUGUCAGGGAUGAGCCCAUGGAUAGCACUUCGGUGCCAUACAAGAGUGCUUCAGACAAGGAGAAAAAAGAGAAAACCAAACCCAAGACUGAAAAGGUUAAACGCAAGACUGAGAGUGUUCCACAAAAGAAAGAAGCCCCAGUAAAAAGCACCAAGCCUGCCAGAGAAAAAGAGGCAGACUCUGGGCGGGAAAGGGUUGUUUCCACUGAACCAGCCAUUAAAAGGAUCAAAGAAGAUCCUAUUCAGAAAACUGAUGCGAGCAAACCACAUAUGUCUGAGAAACUCAUGCUUCCUCGCAAAUUGAUGCAGUCGAGACCGGUCAAGCAACACCAAGAGCAAAAACCAAUCAAAGAUGAACCUAAAGUCAAAAAAGAACCAGUCAAAGAGGUGACUAAAGUUGAGAAACCUCCUGCUAAAGAUGUUAAACCCAAGUUGGAAAAGCCCAUAAAAACUGACGAGAAACCCAUCAUUAAAUCAAGCGAUGUGAAGGUGGAGAAACGGAAAAGAAAAGAGGAAAAGCCGCUUGUGAAGGAGCCAGAAUUUAUGCCAAACAAAUCUCCACGGGUCGAAGUCACUGAGAUGGCCAACGUUUCACCCAAGCCCAUGCCAAAGUUGGAGAGUGAGAUGCCGGUGCAGAAGGAGAAGCCUGCCAUUCCUUCUCUGAUGGACAUUAAACCUGAACCUGUUAGAAAGAUCAAGCUCAAUCGCGAGACUGGAAAGAGGAUUUUGAGUACUGAUCGACUUUCUUCAGAGGAAUCUGGUGCUGGGAAGAACAAACUAGACCAGAAGUCAAAGGUCAAGCUGCGACGCCAGGUGCAUGGCACUGACCGAUCUGGAUCCACGUUGGUUGAUUAUACCAGCACCAGCUCAACUGGUGGAAGUCCCAUCAAAAGGCAUGAGGAGAAACCAGACCUGAAGAAGACUGUGGUGAAAACAUUGGAGGAAUACACCAAUGACAGCUCAACCCCUGCUGAGGAUGAAAUAGUCAUGAUCCAGGUACCUCGCUCCAAAUGGGAGAAAGAAGACUUUGAAUCGGAGGAGGAUGAAUCCAAGAUUGCGAAUGCCUCUUCUGGAAAUGGCACAGCUUCCUCUGCUACCCCUGCUGCUGUUGCUGCUGUUGCUGCUGCAAAAUCUAGCGACAAAAAGGCUAAUGAUACACUCCAUGCCAUUAAAGAUGUUCAUCCUGAGGCAAAACCUACCAAGGAUCCACCAAGUGAUAAGGAGAAAGACAGUGAGUGGGAAAGGGAGCGUGACCGAGGCAAAGAUAGAGACAAAAGCAACACUGAUCGUGAUGUCUCAGACAGAAAAAAACCUGGAGCAUUAAAUCAGGAUCGAGAGCGAGUGCAGGAAAGGGGAAGUGACCAUGGAAGCGAGAGAAGCUCCUCAUCUCAAUCCUCCAAAGACAGACAGACUGAUAGGUCUGCAUCAUCAUCCAGGAAGCAAUCAAAUAGGGAAAGCAGUGCAAGUGUUGGUGACAAGAAGCAGGAGCACCGCAGUAGCACAAAAGACCAUACAGAUUUGCGGCAGAGAGAGACAAAGUCAAGAGAACAACUCAGGAAUAAGGACUCCCCACCUCCACCCUCAAAAAUGCCCACAGACAACACUAAACGGGUGAAUACUACAUCCCAAGAGUCAAAAAUAUCUGAACAUAGUCCUUCCACAGACAGAAAGAUGGUGUCUCGGGAGUCCAAAAGGCCUUCCUCAGAGGACUCUAAAACAGACAAGGCGAUACACAGAGAAGGAACAAGGCACUAUGAUAAUCGGCUAGCAAGAGACAAGGAGCCGCACAAAGUCAGCCAAAGUACCACAUCGACAGAGAUCAAGAGUGACGCUGACAGAAGCGAUGCUCGAGUGAAGCCUCCUUCAGCCCGGGCCAUGCGCCUGUCCUCAGAUUUAACACGGGAAACGGACGAGGCCGCCUUUGUCCCAGACUACAGCGAGAGUGACAGCGAGGCAUCAGAUCCAGACAACAAGGCGGAGCCUAAGGAAAAGGGACAAGAAAGCAGUGCAAGUCCUGCCCACAGCAGAAGCGCUAGCCCUACUGGAAGCCAUGCCCACAGCAGCAGCCCAAGCUCACCAGGCAGUCAGGACAGCAAGAAAAAGAAGAAAGAUAAGAAAGAUAAGAAGGAAAAGAAAAAGCACAAGAAACACAAGAAACACAAAAAACACAAGAAGCACGUGGGCAACGAAUCGGAGUCUGAUGCGAAGGGACAAAAACACAAGCAUAAGAAGAAGAAAUCAAAAAAGAAUAAGGAUAAGGACAAGGAUGAGCGAGACAAAGAACGGGACGACAACAGGGCGAAGGAUGAACAAAAUGAAACCCCUCUUUGAGAUCUUGAGACUUAUGCGAGUUGUUUAUAUAAAGCUCGUUGGUACAGCAAAUAAAGACAAUUCUGCAUAUUACAAAGACUACUGUUCAAGCUUUGUUUACUUGGGUCCUGUUCUGUAGAAAUGAAUGAUUUAACCAUGCUAAACUCUGCCACAUGAAGGGAGGAGCCUCCUUUAACAAUGAAGGCUGGUGUAUUAAUUUGCUCUGAAUUCUUUUUGAUGCAUAUUUUGGAUCUGUUCCUUGUUUUCUGUUUUUUUUUUUUUUUUUGUCGUUAACGCUGUAGAGGCUGUAAAACAGGCACUUUAGAUAUGUAAACUCAAACGUGCCCUUUUUACAUCUCCCUUUUAUUCCCACUAUUGGAGGAAGCCGAUCGUUAAUUAUGACUGUAUGAUAAAAUACUGUUACUGGAUAUAGCAACUGGACAUAGCAUGGGUGGCAGGCACAGCAUGUAAUGAUCUGCUUCAGAGAUGUUUGCACUGUGAAUAUUUUCCUCUACUUUUUUUUUUUUUUUUUUUUUAAUAUUACAUUACAUUCUCAUGAUCAUUAAUUUAAAUUACCAGUUGAAAAGGUUUUUUGUUUAUGGUAAUAAAAUGGAGCAAAAUUUA